AUGCACAGUAAUAUAAAUCUAUCUAUCUAUCUAUCUAUCUAUCUUGAUCUUUUCGCUACAACGAUAAAAUCAGUGCUUUGUAUCUCCUAUCUAUAUUUUUUCCCUGUAAAACAAGAUAUUUCGCAAGUCAUAUAUGUACGUAUCUGUGAUUGCUCUAUCUAUCUAUCUAUCUAUCUAUCUAUCUAUCUAUCUAUCUAUCUAUCUAUCUAUCUAUUGCAUAAGGUAUAUUAUUUAAGCUUUCCGUUCAAUUUUUCUCGAGUCUUUAACAUUUUUCAUUUUUUUUUACUUUCUCUUCGAAACCUUUUAUUUUCUGUCUUUCUUUCCUCCGUAAAAACUCUUUGUCUUUUUUUUUUUUUUCUUCUAUUUUUCUCCUUCAAAAUCCUAUCCCUUAUUUUUUUUUCAUUUUUUUCUUUAUUCAUUUUUAUUUUUGUUUCCUUCCUGAAAUUUCCUAUUUUUUUUAAUUUCUUUUCUUUUUUUUUCUUUUUUGUUUACUUUUUUUUUUUCUUUCUUUUUUUUCUUUCUUUCUUGAACUUUAAUGGAAAAAUUUCCUUUUUUCUUUCAUUUUUUCUUUCUUUCUUUUUCUUUUUUUUUUCUUUCUUUUUGGAAAAUUUUAUUUUUUUAGUUUUUUCUUUUUUUCUUCAUUACAUAAAAAACAUCUUCCUUCUUUAUUUCAUUUCUUCUUUUCAUCAACAAGGAAAACUCAUUGCUUUUAAAAUAUCGUCAUGCAAAUUUUUGGAUCUUUUUUAUUAA